AUGACGAUACUGCCAUCCAUCAUGAGUAGCAGUCAGCUGGCCAAAGGCCACAUAUAUCACACUUCCUCCAUGCCUCCCCGAAGCAGAACAUUGUCUCCAGCGCACACCUUGAGACACGGGUCCUUGGAUGAGUCGACGAAGUCCCGAACGAGGACAGAGUGGCUCAGUACAGACCUCGCCAAGAUGUCAGGGGAGAUCCGCAACAUCCACGUGCUGGGCAUCAUCCACGGGAACUUGGUGGUUAGUUUCCAGGGAGCCGGUAGAGUUCGGGUUUUCGUCAACAACGAGCACAGCCUCGAGCUGCCGGAAACCAAUCGCCUGGGAAGCACCUCGCCCUUCGGCAUCGAUUGGACCAAGAAGUACAGCAAGUACAUCACAAAUUGCGGUGGCCUGCGCUUUGCAGAAUUCAACCUCCGGGCCCUCCCGACUCAGGUGUUGGUGGUCGGAGAGACGACACCUUCAGUUGAGAAGCUGAUCCCGGCCACGCGACCAGUCUCUGAGGCGCGCACGCUUGCAAGAAUAACUGUCAGCGGCCACGUGGAGACCCAGCGCCGCUUCCAUUCAAACCUCGGGGUGCCUGGACAUCCCAUCGGAUUGUCCUGGUCGGGACUUCCAGGGAACAUGAGCCUUGCAGAGGGCACGGGGUGCCUGCCCCAGAGUGGCAUGCGUCUUCCACCCGCCACGGCUGGAAAACACUACCAGAAACUGAGCGCUUCGCAAAAGAGCUUUCAUGGAGUUGAUUGA